AACUAAACACUAAUAAACUCACAAUAUCCAGUUUUUCAUAUAAUGAAUAAGAGUAUUUUUUCACAUUUAUAUCAGCUAUUGUAUGUAUUCAUAUACUAUCUUAGUAAAUAAAUGGCAGAACACUGACCUCUACAUAUACACUGAGUAAAUGCCUAUGCGAAUAUCCUGUUGCCACCCACUUGUGUGUAAACUGAAACAUGAAGGCAUCUUUUGAAGCCAUUUUUCCUAGCAUCAUCCUCUCUGUCCCAGCUUAAAAACAUCAUUCAUUCCCUUCCAGUUUAUUGCCAUCAAUACAAAGGUCCAGUAAGGCCUGUUUUAGCGUGUCUGAGUCUGUAUGCAGAGAGUUUCAAAGUACUCUGCGUCUAAAUUAAUGAAGCCACUUCCUGUUUAGGGUUAGUCCUAUAUUUAAAAGACAAGAGAAACCGUUCCUAUCAUUCAACCACAACUCAUCUGUGAACACAUGCUGCAGGACAUAAGAGCGAACUAUGGAAUUAGAAGCCAUUUAUGAAAAUACUGAAAAUGAAGAUAUGAAGGACACAUGUGCACCUCAAAUACAGAGUCGCUGCCAGGAUGAAGGAAAAGCUCAAAAGCAAAGAGGAAGUAGAUGUUUGGUGUUGAUCACAGUGGGUCUCGGGCUCAUUUGUGUUCUUCUGCUGGUCUUCAUCAUACUGCAGCACAUCACCAUCACACCAGAGAGAGACCCGAUAAAGAGUUACAAGAACACAGUUGAAGAGUUCAAUCAAACCAUCAACAGCUUACAGGACAAUUACACUGAUCUAAUGACUGAAAAACACCAACUGCAGAACAACUUCAGCUCUUUGAGUCAGAAGAACCUGGAGUUAGAGACUGAACUAAGGAAAUUAUCAAGACGAGGUAGUGGCAUGCUUUUCAUGUCCACUGAGUUGAAGAGCUGGUCUGACAGCAGGCAGUACUGCAGGGAUCGUGGAGCUGAUCUGCUCAUUAUCAACACUGAAGAGAAGCAGAGGCUUGUAUCUACUUUAUUCAAAGAGACUGUGUGGAUUGGUUUGUCUGACAGAGAGCAGGAGGGCAACAUGAAAUGGGUGGAUAAUUCACCACUGAAACAAGGGUUUUGGGAAAGUAAUGAGCCGAAUGAUGCGGGUGGAAAUGAAGACUGUAUUGAACUGAAUCCUGCAAAAUCUGUCCUGAACAACUGGAAUGAUAUCCCAUGCACAGAUGAGAGAAAAUGGAUCUGUGACAAUUAGUGUGACAGGUUUAGCGUUUUGGAUGUUUGCUUAUAUAUUUGUGUACAUCUCAAAGGGGAAGAUCCUUGGUGUUGCAUUACCGCCAUCUCCUGGAGCUAUAGUUACUUCACAUGUAAAUCAA